UUGUAUUUCCUUCCAUUCCCACUUUUUGACUGUUUAUUUUUAUUUUCUUUAAUUUUCCCCUUGAUUCGGAAGAAAAUCCCAAGUCCCCGUUGCACGUUAAUCUUCAGCCUCUUUGGUUUCGUCCAUUCAGGUCUUGGUAGAAUACCCAGUUUUAAGCCAUUAAUUCCAUUGUCGCUAUCAGACAGACUAUCGUUUCUAGACCAUCGAAUAUUCAGUUGACUUUCUUGGGAAAACCCAUUUGGGCUGUCAACCCCUCUCGUGUGUUGCCACCCUCUCCUUUUUUUUUCUUGAAAGUCUCUGUUCUUCAAGAAGGCCAUAGUGAGAAUGCGCAAAUUCUUCUUUUCUGGUUUAUGAUUUGGGGUAUGCCAGAUUGAUGCGAUUUCAGAAAUGACUCUUACGAGCCAAGACGGGAAGAAGAAGUCAUUCAUUCGGAAUAUGUUUGCCAGAAGGGAGAGAAAUGAUAGGGAAAUGAAUAAAGGCACAUUUGAUUUCCCUGAAGCAGAGUCUGAUCCAAGGCUUAAAGGUCUAGCUUUUACUGGCACAGGACAUCCGAUGGCUCUUAGUCAAGAUGUUCAGACUUUUAGAGUCUUUGUAGCAACAUGGAAUGUGGGUGGGAAAUCUCCCAAUAGUGACCUUAACCUGGAUGAUAUUCUUCACACAGAUCAAUCAGAUAUAUAUAUCUUGGGUUUUCAGGAAAUUGUUCCUUUAAAUGCUGGAAAUGUCCUAGUCAUAGAAGAUAAUGAGCCUGCAGCGAAAUGGUUAGCCCUGAUUAAUCAGUCACUUAACAAAUCAUCGGAGCUGGCAUCAAGUGGAUUAAAACCCACUUCCUCCCUUGGUAGUUCCUUGUUCUUCUCAAAGUAUUCCCUUAAAAAGAUCAGUAAGACCUUUAGGACGGAGAGCGGAAGGAGGCUGAAGACUUGCAACUGCAAUCUUGAAUUAGAAAGGAAGCAGAGUAAGGAUCUCUGUUUUCGAUGCCAACAAUCGCAUAUAAGCGAAGAUGAAUUUUCUUCAGAAGAGGAUGAUGAUGUACCUAAUGGAAUUGACAUUCCGGGAAUUUCUUUUCCCUCAAGUACCAACCAGAUGAAUUACAGUCUUGUAGCCAUUAAGCAAAUGGUGGGAAUUUUUGUCACUGUUUGGGCAAGGAAGGAGCAUGUACAGCAUAUAGGCCACUUGAGGAUCUCCUGCAUUAGUCGUGGGAUUAUGGGCUGCCUUGGAAACAAGGGGUGUAUUUCUGUGAGCAUGUCAUUCCAUCAGACAAGCUUUUGCUUUGUCUGCAGUCACUUGGCAUCUGGAGAGAAGGAGGGGGAUGAACUUAGGAGAAAUAUGGAUGUCAUUGAGAUAUUGAAAAACACUCAGUUUCCAAAUAUCUGCAGAUCAGUUCACAGUAGGGUGCCAGAGAAAAUCCUUGAACAUGAUCGGGUCAUUUGGUUAGGGGACUUGAAUUACCGAAUAGCUUUGAGUUACUCAGACACAAGAAAGCUCCUGGAGGAGAAUGCCUGGGAUGCACUUCUGGACAAAGAUCAGCUAAAAAUUGAAAGAGAAGCAGGGAGAGUAUUCAAGGGAUGGAAAGAGGGUAAGAUCUACUUUGCCCCCACAUACAAAUACUCCUGCAAUUCAGACACCUAUGCUGGAGAGACGAAAAAAUCAAAAAAGAAAAGGAGAACUCCCGCUUGGUGUGAUAGAAUACUAUGGCAUGGAACUGGGAUACGGCUGCUUUCUUACAUACGUGGGGAGUCUAAGUUUUCUGAUCACCGGCCUGUUUGUGCAACAUUUUUGGUGGAUGUUGAUGUUGUAUCAGGUGGAUUAAAGAAGGGAUUAUCUGGCUCUAACAUGAAAGUUAGGAUUGAAGAGCUUUUACCUCCAACUAGAAAUCUAUUCAUUGAAUAAGGUGCAAGUUCAUGCACAAAGUAUUAUGAUUUUAGUUCUGUUAAGUGGUGACUUUAAGGAGGGGUACCACAGUGCCGAGAAAAAGCAUGAAGAGGCUCAAUAGGUAAAGAAAAAGAAGUGCGAUUUUCUUGGUAUCUUCUGUGGGUUCUAAUCCUUAUCAUGGAGAUGGAGCCUGUUUUCUGAGAUUAGAAUUAUAUAGCAUGGUUUAGUUAGUUUCAGAUCUUUUAGUGUUAGGAAUGUUGUUUGAUUGUUUCUCAUAUUUAUCAGGUACUGGUGCAAUUAACACAGUCAUCAAAAGACUGAAGUAACAUUCUAAUUUUGUUUAUCAUGUGAGAUUAAGUAGGAAGAAAAGCAGAGAGAUUGGUGCGGAGUCAUUGUAAGUUGGGCAACCUGUACAGCAUUUUGAAACUGUGCUAGUGUAAAUAUGAAAGCUUCAAGGAGGUUUUCAUCAUUUGCAUUGCAUUUCAGAUAUGAAAGCACAAAAAAAAAAAAAAAAAAAAAAGGAUGCAUAUAUGCUCUGCUUGUGCAACUCAAAAUUCAAAUGCUUGUCCUCACUUUGUUUGAUUUUAGGUUCACAAGUAUUGACUGGACCUGAUCUGUGUUGAACCGUUAUUAAUUGUAAAUACAAUAUGUUCAUUGUCAGAGUAAUAAGAAUCUGCCCAAUUUGAAUUGAAUCAUAGGUGAACAGAACCGAGUAUUGAUUAUUUUAUGAAUGAGAGCAUUUAGUUUCAAAGUUCUCUGUCACUUGCAAGUUGGACUGGUCAGAUUAUUAUUUAUUUAUUGUUCCCUG